GGCUAGAACGGGAGAAAAAGAGUUUCGCGCUGUGGCCGGCGCGAUCGAUUGCUCGGUCAAUCACCGCGAUGAAUCAGGGCAGAGUUUUUCUCGAUUCUCCUCCUCCUCGGCGCCGCGCAUUGUGGAUCCAUGAGGUUGCGGCGCUCUUCCGGCGCGCCCACUUUUGCCCUAACCGGUAAAAUAGGUUUAGGGCACACAGCGUAAGUUCGGUUUUUUUCCCAGUGGGCGGAUCAUGUCGCCUAUGUGUAAUUCCUCCUCCUAGUUUGCUUUGCUCCCAUCCACGAGGAGAGAAGGAAAAAAUGUAUUUUAGCGUGAGUGGUGCUGGAUCCUGACGAUUGUUUUGAUGCAGACAUGGAUGGAAAUCGGAGUGUUGUUGGCGACAGAUCAUCUACACCAGAUAAGAAAGUCCAGCCCAAGUUAACAGACGUCGAAAGCGUGUUGUCCCAGUCGCUGAGGAACGAGAACGAUUUGUUGAGGUGCCAGCUUAACGAUGUCAUCGCCAGGGAGAAAAACCAGAGGAUUGAGCUCCAGAGGCUGCGACAGCACCGUGACGCGGAGGUGUCAUCACUCGUCCAGUCGCAAACUUCGCAGCUCAAGUGCGAGGUGGAGCAGCUCAAGUCACUGUUGCAAGGCACGUCGGCGCAGCUGCGGGAGGUGAUCAACGAGAGGGAUGAACUGCACAUACAGAAGGAGGAGGCGCUGCGUGCGUUCGAGGAGGCCAGGCACAACGCCGGCUCUCAAGAGUCUCGAAUGGCCGACCACAUCCGGAGUUUGGAGGAGGCUCUGUGCAAGAGCACAGCGAUUGUCAGCAGCCUCGCGGAUUCCGUGGACAGCUUCCAACGACACGUUCUUCCUACUUUUAAGCCUUCCGGUUUUGAAGUCGGCAAGUUGCCGCAAAAAGUAGCACCAGAUUCUGGAGAGGGCAGACUUAUCAUGCAACAGCUGACGAGAUUGGAGAACAGCUUGACUUUAUUAAGGGUGAUUGUGGACGCAAAGAACGACACACUCGUUCUCAUUCGCGGAAAGUUGAAACAAGAGAAUGAGGAGUUGCGCAACGAGAUGCAGCUGACGCGGGAUAAGAAGCAGCCAACGGGCCAAGCUGUGCCUAGCGGUGACGAGGCUGGAUUUGAGAAGCAUUUACUUCGCCAAGAGUUACAGUCCUUGCAGAAACUCUUCAAUGCCGAAGUGCAGCAAUUAAAAUCUAAGCUAAAAAUGUAUGAAACGGAAGAGCAACAAGGUCAAGGACGGCUUAUGGAAGUCCAGAAGGAGCUAACAGCUUUGCAAGACAAGCUCCAUUCUGUCGAGGCAUCCAGGGCCAUGCUAGAAGCCAGCCUCAAGGAGGAAUCCAGUGCGCGAUCUCAGCUGGUUUCUCAAGUUUUCCAACUGCGGAAGGAUAACGAGAAAGCCCGAACAGAGCUCGAAACUUUGAAGCUCAACCAAAAGUUCUUGGUCCGGCAACCACGCAACGGCCGCAUACCACCAGAAAAGAUGGAUUUGAUGAACACGGUGAACCAGCUCUUGAUGGAGAUCAACAAGCUCAAGAGCGAAAAGGUCGGCUUGGAGGAGGAGCUCAAGACGUUGAGACGCACGCAAGUCCGGGACCGUGUCAAGCGGGGAGUGACGGCUCGAGACGUGGAAAUGGCAGCUCUCAACAAGGUAGGGGACGGUGAAUUGGCAUCGAAGCUUGCGAGAUCGAGGCUUCAGCAGCUUGCUGUCCAAGACAACUCGAGGCCAUUCUCGCCGGCAUUGACAGACUGCUCAUCGCACGGAAGCGUUGGAGCGUUUAGCAUGAACGUCGACUAUAGCUCCAGUAGCGUCCUCCAAGGUGGGCUUCAGGGAGCUAAUUGUUGCUUGGAAAUGCCUUCCAGGGACGAAGUCUACCACCACCAUCCCAGCGGCCUCACUGUGAAAGCGGUCUAAAUACAAAUUUUCUCGCUCGUUGUUUUGUACAA